AAAGCUAUCGCAGAAACUCUUAUGGCCGUGGCCGCUCUCAGGUUUCUCACUGGUACUGAUAUUAUAGAAAUGGAUUACUGAGCCAGUACAUAGAAAGUGUUAUUGAACAGUAGAUUUUAUUAAAUGCUUUUCAAAACAAUAUACGUAAAAUAUAAAAGUAUUGAUGAAGGAAAAUAAAAAACUGAAAUAUUUUGAUUAUACAUAAAUAAGAGAUGAUGGAAGACAAUGCUACAACCUCUAAGUCAAAGAAUGAGAAUGUGGAGAACCGAAAUGUAGUUAUGAAUCAUUACUUCAACAAUUCGUCCUCAACCAUCUUCAACGAGAUCGGUGCAUCAGGUUCCUUCUUCAAUUCCGAUCCUCUACAAAUAUCUACAACUUCAUUUUUAGAUGCUACAGUUGAUCGAGUCGAACACAGCAUAUUGAAUGAUGCGCAUCGAGAUGCUUGGAUACCAUCGGAACAUACGCGAAAAAUACUGCGAUCUAUUGCAACUUCUGCAGCUGGGACGAGCCACUUGGAUCGUGAGAAUCUCACCAUGCCUGGUCUGGCUAUACAGGGCGAUAUGCCGGAUCUUAUCAAGAAUGCCUCUAUUCAUUUUUUAGGAGAAGAUGAGAAUAUUCAUCGAAAUGUGCUCACAGCAUCUGACGUAACGCAAGAUGAACGUGGUCUAAGAAAUCUGAUACAAGCUAGUUGUUACCGAGCAGCAGUUAAUUUGUCAGGCAGAUUGCUGGCCAUUUAUGCGCAAGGCUAUGGCAAAAUCAAUCAACCUAGUAAACACACACCUCAUUCUUUGCAGUUGUGGUAUACCCGACUUUCUCUUCUGGCUAAAUUGAGACAGAUAGACGUGCUAGAAAAUGAGUCAAAACCGUUUGGAAACUUGGACAAACCUGACAUGUAUUUCACCUUUUACCCAGAAUUAUACGGCACCAGACCAGGCUCUAUGGCAUCGUUCGCUUUUCGACUGCUAUUGGCGGAGAUUCCAUCUUACUAUAGCAAACCAAAACAAGCAUUAGACAAUCUAUACAAACUCUUAGCAACUGUUAAUCAAAUUAUAGCAAACUUUCAAAUGGGUCUUAGCGGCGACGGAACACACACUAGAAUCAGUGAAUCCGACCAGCGAGACGCUGUGAAACUGUGGACCGCUCGGAAAUAUAGAAUCCUAAUCUCUAUUGUUAAUUGCGCCAUUGGCAUGAGAAACUACAUUCUCGCGAUUGAAAUAUUAGAAGAUAUGUGUAAACUGCCCGACUGGACUACCGAACAAAUAGGAAUUCUCAGAUCGGCCAUAGGAAGAGUACAUUUGUUCCUCGGUGACGUUACGGCGGCGGAGAAAUUUCUUGUUCGGGACAUCAAGGAAGAAAAAAUGCCGAGCGUCAGGGAACUAGUGGACAGCGGAUUGAUGGCAGUGGCACAGAACGCUUUUCAGGACGCCUACAACUGCUUUCAGUCCGCGUCGGCAAUAGAUCCGUCAAAUGUAAUGCUGAUAAACAACAUGGCGGUGUGCUUGCUGUACACCGGUCAAUUGAAAGCGGCCGUUUGGUUGUUCGAGAGCACUGUCAACAGGAAUCCUUUGAAGAGUUUACAGGAACCGAUUUUGUUGAACAUGUGCACCUCAUAUGAACUACACACAACGCAUUGCAAACAACCAAAACUACAUUUGCUGCGACAGCUCAACAGAUACAAGGGCGACGCGGUUGAUAUUCAAUGUUUGAAAUUAGCGAUAUAAAUGUUAGAUUAUCAUUGUUAUCAUUUCAGCACUUUGCACAAAUAUUAAUGUUGUACGAAAUAAAAUAUUUAUACAGAGAUGUAAAUGUGUGAUAGUAAUAAAAUAUAUAAAUAUAUAUAUAAUCAUAUAUAUCAAGAAAAUCUGUAUUUGUUUCAAAUAAUCAUAUAUAUAUAUAGAGUAGUUAGAGCUGACAAUUCGAAGA